AUGACAACAGAAACCUCUGAUCAACUUGACACCAACAUUGAUGCUCCUAGUCAAACGGUAGUAACCUCAAGUAUUGUGGUCCCUUCCACGUCUACUGCCAAGCGCUCGAGUCGUAAUGAUGCUUUACCGAAGCGACGUGCAAGCAGUGAUUUCUCUAGACAUAAUACGGAAGAGGCCAAAAGACCUCGAUUGGAUAUGACUAGUAAUGAAGCUAAGAAGCGAGGACAAAGAUUAUUCGGGGUGCUAUUAGGCACCUUGACAAAGUUUAAAACCGAAAGUCAAAAUAAAUCUGAAGCUGAAAUCAAACGUGAGCAAAUUGAUCAAAAACUUCAAGAGAAGUUAAAAAAGGAUCACGAAGAAUUGGUUGAAAAAAUGAAAAGAGAGGAGCAAGAACGAAGAGAAAAA